UUGAUCAUGUAUUCCAGUUGUUGGUGUUGGCUCUGGAUGCAAGAUUCUCCCCAAAUUCCUACAUGGAAAGAAGAAGUAUAGAGUAACAGGCCAUCUAGGAAUUGCUACUGAUACCUACAAUGAAACUGGAAAUAUAACAAAGGAAUGCUCAUACAGUCAUAUAUCAAGACAGAUGUUAGAAGAAGCUCUAUCCAGAUUUCAUGGUGAGAUACUUCAAACUCCACCAUUAUACUCUGCCUUGAAGUUGCAUGGCUAUCGCUUAGCUGAUCUGACAAGGGCUGGCGUAAAAGUGGAAGUGAGACCUCGCCCUGUCACUUGUCAUGCUAUUCAGUGUGUGCAGUUUUCACCACCAUCCUUCACACUGGAAGUACACUGUGGUGGGGGUUUUUACAUUCGAAGUUUGGUGCAUGACCUUGGAAAUGCACUAGGAAGCUGUGCCCAUGUCAGAGAACUUCACAGAUACCAGCAAGGCCCAUUUACAGAGCAAGACAUGUUGGACUCAAAUGAAUGGACAAUGCAAAAUAUUCUGAUAGCAAUUCAGAAGGCUAAAGAAACCCAUGCAGCAUUUCUGGAAUGCCCCAGGACAAAAGCAAACUUACCACUGUCAACGAGUGAAACUCAGAAGUUCUCCACGGUGUGAAAAACCUUGAAGCAGAUACAAAUCUAUUGGUGGAAAACUAUCUUGUUACAUAUUUGGUAAGGUAUUUUGUUAUAUAACAAUACUGCAAAGUCUUAAGUAACUUUUCCUUUUAUUUUCUUGCACAUAAACCAUAGUAAAAAUGUUUAAAAUAGAAAUUAUAGAUCUUAAUUUAUCCUAUAUUUUGUUUUAUAUAUGAAAUAAUAAUUGUAUGCUGAGCCAUUUGUGAGAAAAAUGACAGAGUAUAUUUUUUUACCCUUAUACAUUAAAUACACAGUGUAUGCAAAGAAUGUAUAACAAUAUUGGUAAACAAUU